GAAGCCGAACGGCGCAGCGGCGUCCCCCGCUGUGGCGUCGAUCGGCGACGAACUCCUCGGCGACAUCUUCCUCCGCCUCCCCGACACGGCGACCCUCGCGCGCGCCGCGGUCGCGUGCAAGCGGUGGCGCCGCGUGGCCUCCGACCCGCCCCUUCUCCGACGCUUCCACUCCCUGCACGGCCCUCCGCCGCUGCUCGGCUUCAUCAUGUCGGAGCCGCCUCCGCGAGCCUUCUCCUACGAGGCCCCAGAUCGCUUGUUCGUCCCCGCCCCCUCGCGCAACCCCCACCUCAACGCCGCCGCCGCCAACGCUGAUUUCCACUGCCUGGACUUCGCCGACAUGUACCCCCGCUCCGGCUCCGUCAUUGACGAUUGGCUCCUCCGCGGCUACGACGGCGGCCUCCUCCUCCUCUCCUACGGAUUCCUGGAGUACGAGGAGCUCGCCGUGUACGACCCAUCGCGCGCACCGCCGACUUGGUCUGCAGGCCCUACAUCAUGCAGUUCGACUUCGAGUUCGUCGCCGUGCACUACGCCCUCCUGGUCGACGACGCUGACGCUUCCUUCCGGGUGGUUGGCGCGCAGUUCUGGAACGGCCGCGUCAGGGCCGCCAUCUUUUCUUCCCGAACGGGCCAGUGGGCACCGCUCCCAUUCUUGCGCGCGCCCGAGCCCUGGAGAAUGCGUGGUGGCAUGCGCGCCGGCCGGUUCGCGUACUGGCAGUCCAACACCAGGUUGGAAAGGUACAUCUAUUCUGAAGAGAUCGAGCGAUCCUUGGUGCUCGACACGACUACCAUGGAAUGGACGCUCAUCCAGGUGCCGUUCUCUGCCAAGGAGUCCUACUGUGUCGCGGACAUGGCUGAGCAUGGUGGGCUGUGCCUUGUGGCCAGCAAGGACCAGGUCGUGCAGAUCUGGGUCCGUGACAACGAUGGAGGAUGGGUGAUAAAAAAACAGAUCUCAUUGCUAAAGCAAUUUGUGUUGUUGAAGAGGCUACGGCAAGUUUCAAAAAAAAAAAGAAAAAAAAAGAAGAAGAGGCUACGGCAGGAUGAGUGGAUGAAGAGGGUGCGGAUCCUGGCAGUGAGGGAUGGAUGUGUCUACAUGGAGUUCUGGUCGAUAACAAAGCCCAAUUCAUAUCUUCUUGUGCUCAACUGGGAGACCAUGAAGCUGAGGGUGAUUGCCAACAAUACUACUGACAAAUAUCGAGGUCCUGCAUUUCCUUUCUUCAUGACAUGGGCUCCACCAUUGCUUAGCCCUGCGGAGCAACAAAGACUUCUCCUUCAAGUUUUUCUUUCAGGUUAAGGUUUCGACAGCAAAAUGUUGAAAAAGGGUGUAAGUGUCAAACUUUUGAUAUCUCUUUGCCAUGCGGUUGCAGUGGCUGGUGGAUGCCAUAUUUUUCUUCUGUUUCUUGAAUUGGUCAUGCAAUCUGAUUUCCUAUGGAGGCUCACUGAUGUUCAACUAUAAGUGUGUUUUUUGUGAUUUGAUAUUUCUUGUCUAAGUUCAGUGCAACAAUUUGUAUUGGCCAUAAAUUGGCUGACUGAAAUUUGGCUUUGCUCAAUUGUUCUAAUGUCUACUACUUCAGUUGGUGCAUGUUGCAAAUUGUCUUGCUGAAGCCUCGUGCUCAGGGAUAGAGGUGGGUCUGGAGGAGAUGAGGCA